AUGCAGCCCGGCAUGUCGUCUUCGAUGUGUCUGCGGUGUCUGCGCCGCUCCUUGGGCCAGAUUGAAUCGUCGCAGCCCGCCAAUGCCACCGCUGUCUCCCGCGCCGCCUUUUCAACCUCCUCCUCUCUCUCUGCGCAGCCCGUCAAGAAGAAGGCGGUCGCUGGCAGACCCGCAGCCAGCGCGGGCAAGACUCUUCGGCUGACCAAGAACAAGCGAGCGGCCACGACGCGUCCACCAGCGAUAGGCGAGCGCAGGGAGCUGCGGAAGAGGGUGGUGCUCAGCAACACGAAUGCGCUCGAGGUCAAGCUACAGGAUCUCAAAACGGCAACGACUAGGAGUUCGCAGCUUCACGAGCUACAAGGAAAGGUUCUGGGRGUGGGAAAGGAGACGGUCGAUGCAUUGAGUGCGCUGGAAGUGUUCAAGCCUACACAAGGAUGGUCAUUGUUUCAUCGCCCAGCGACGCUUGUAAGGAAGGAAACGGUGGAGAUUUCUGGUGAUAUCGAAUGGAUCGCUGAAGCACUGUCGAAACCCGACAUCCCAUCGCGUACCGUGCGAAAAGUGCUGUUCGGCGAGCGCGGCAGCGGCAAGAGUGUGCUUCAGCUGCAGGCACUGGCCAUGGCAUCACUGCGCAAAUGGGUAGUGGUGCACAUUCCCGAGGCCAAGGAUCUCACAAACGCCCACACCUCUUACCAGCCUAUUACGACGCCUGACGGGACGAUAUACAUCCAGCCGCACUAUACCGCAAAGCUGCUAGGGAACAUCGCCAAAGCAAACCAGGAGGUCCUCGCGAAGCUCAAAAUGACCAAGGACCAUAAGCUUCCAAUGCAGCUACCGCCAAAGACAACUCUCGCUCGUCUUGCAGAGUUAGGCGCAAACGACCCAGAAGUAGCGUGGCCCGUCUGGGAAGCGCUCUGGAGUGAGCUACUCGCUAAAGACAAUGGUCAGCAGCUCCCACCAGUGGUUUUCUGUCUCGACGGCGUUGACCACGUUAUGCGCCUCUCGGCCUACCUCAACCCCGAAGCCGAACCUAUUCACGCCCACGAGCUUGCACUAGUCCGCCAUUUCGUCGGCAUACUGUCCGGCAAGACUGCUCUGCCAAACGGCGGUAUGGUUCUCGCUGCGACUUCGGAAUCUAACCGCGCCGCAGCUCACACUCUGGACCACUGUCUCCAGCGUAACUUGGCGAUACAGGAAGAGAAAGAGCCGCCGAUCUGGGAUCCGUACACCGCUCACGAUAAAUGGGUUCAAGAGGCCAUGGAGACGGUACGCGCUCAGAAAGUGUUGGGCUUGAGCAAAGCCGAGGCAAGAGGGAUCAUGGAGUACUAUGCCCACUCGGGGAUGAUGAGGCAGACGGUCACGGAUGGAUUGGUCAGUGAGAAGUGGACACUGGCUGGCGGCGGCAUCAUUGGGCAGGUUGAGAACGGAAGUGUACGUGCGAGAUUCUGA